AUGAAUAACCUUUGGCUUUCCGUCCUUCAAACUGUCGUCGUCGUCCGGCAAGCCAUCUUCUUCCUCGGUAAGCACAUUGUCUCUCUCCAUGUCAAAGUCAGCGCCUCUGUUUUCGGGACCCAAAAGAAUAAUGAUAAUCAUGUAGGCAAAAACAGCGCCAAUAAAAAUACUCAUCACUUUGGAGUAGUCAAAGCCCGGCUCUCCGUUUGGAAGCGUGAUGGGAAACUGUUCACCAAUGGUGGUUUCAAUGGUAGAAGAUGCCGAAGACGCCAAGUUACCCAACUGGUACGCAAGUCCAACAACCAAGGAUCUGUAUGCUGGAGGAGACAACUCGGACAAGUGGAUAGGAACAACACCCCAGGCGCCUUGGACACCUGCUUGCAAAAAGAAAGCGCCGGCGUUGAUGCCUGGGCCCUUUGUGUAUGCCCAUGGGUAAAUCAUGGCGCCUCCAAGAAGACAGGCCAAGAUAAUGGUCAAUCUUCUGCCCACAAAAGUGGAAAAGUGGCCGCACACCAUUCCGCCGAAAAUGGCGCCCAAGUUGGCCACGGAAUUGGUCACGGUCGAGCGGUCAGUUCCAUAUUGCAAUUGCGAGCUCAAAAGCGUAGGGUACAAAUCUUGCGAGCCGUGGGACAUGAAGUUGAAACCGGCCAUCAUGAGCACACAGUAGAUCAUCACAAGCCAGUAUCUGCGGACGGCCUCUUUGGCGUUUUUGGAGAGGCCGAAAGUGGACUUUUCUGUCUUGCGGUUCUCUUCCAUCUUGGCCUUCUGCGCAAUAAACGCAUCUGUCUCGGGAUACAUCAUUCUCCAGAUAAUGAAAAGCACUGGAGGCCCCGCAGCAAACCAGAAAAUGGCUCUCCAGCCAUGCAGCGAGUUGUCUGUGAUGGCUCUGUUGAAAAUAACAACCAAAAGAUACCCAAAGGCGUAACCUUCCUGGAAAAUGCCCGACAAAAUGCCUCGACAUGCGGCUGGCGCAUCGUCCAUGGCCGUGGCCAACGAAAAACCAAACACACCGCCCAUGGCGAUUCCAAAGAGCGCCCGCACGCCCAAAAACUGCUCGUAGGUCUUGACAAAACCCGUUCCGAUCUGCAACACAACCAAAAGCGACAAGUUGAUGAUGUAGGGCCAUUUUCUGCCGUAGCGGUCACCCCAGUAGCCGAAAACAAUGGCGCCCACAGAACGCAACAUAAGCACCAAGGUGAUGCCCCACGUGACGUCCUUCACCGACUUGUCGAACGUCUUGGCCAUGGCCUUUGUGUUCAAGGAAACAGCGAAAAAGUCAAAGGCGUCCCAGGUCCAGCCCACGAAACCCAUGAAAAAAUAGUUCCAGUUUUUCAAGGUCAUUUGGUUGAGAUCGGCAAACGGGUUGAAGAUCUCCUUCUUCGUGUAUCUCUGCAACUCCUCCUUGGGCACGAAAAGCGACAGGAUUCUCGUGGCAAAGUACUUUUUGAUGGCCCGAGAGGUAAACUUGGGCGGUUUCAUCACAUGUUGGUUGUGCUCCUUCACAUACUCGGAGUGAACCGAGGAAACGACAGAAUGCAUGUUUUCGGAUACUCUCUGGUUUCUGAUUUGUCUACGGAAACGAAAUCCGGGCCAUAUUUAUACCCAGAGCAAAUCUGCCUUGUGGUGAAGGUGUCUAUGUGGUAUGCGCGACAUACGUACCCCGCGACGCACGGGCGCGUAUAUGCAGCAGCGUCUAGUUAUCGUAGGUGCUCUGCGUGCCCAGAAAAAAUGCCUUCAAAAAAAAUAGACACAUUGAUUGUUUGGCAAGGAAGAAUCUGGCAGUAUUGUGGAGACAUACUUUGUGGAGUCCUUUUUCUUUCGAUGGUGGAUGUCCAAAUGUCGUGA